AUUAAUACAGUAGACAGGGAGGGGAAUAUGGAUUUUGACAACUCCAAUAUAAUAAUAAAAUCAGUUCAAGUUAGAAAACACUGAAGAACUUGAAUGGUGAAUUCCUGCUUAAAUCAAUGAAAACAAAUGUAUAGUGUCCCUUAAAUGCUCACUGGGGUUUACGAUCAUCACCACAAACCCUAUGUUAAAAUCACUCCCAUAAACAAAAUUUAGGGGAGAAACACACCAAUUUGAAAUCUAGUUGCCCAACCGUUUCCCCAAGAGACAACAAAAAGGGAUUAAGGAGAGAGACAAUAUAAAUAGAUCUGGCUUCAAGGGAAGGAGUCCAUAUGGGAACUGAAAAAUCCACAUUGACCAGAGAGUGAAGCGUUCACAGAAAAAAAGAGCAAAUUUUUUUGAAACAAUACCCUAACUUGCAGAUCUCGCAAAAUGGAGAAAUAGAGAAAAAUUAAACUAAAUAAAAACAGGUUUGGAAUUGAUUUAGAUGAAGAUAGAUCAGCAAUCUGGCUUGGAUCUCCAACAAAUUCAGAGAAAAAUAGCACAGUAUGUUCAGCUUCGAUCAUCUGGGGAAAUAAUCAUCAUUUCCGUCUACAUCUAUCGACUAAAAUUCAUAAUCAAAAUACAGGCAAACACCAGAAUCUCAGCCUCCAACAGAUGAAAAUUCAAUCUUUUGAAGUUACAGUCAUUUACAAAAACAUCACAUUUUUACUAUAAUUAACAAGAAUACCAAUGCAAGGAAUGAUGGUAGAACUUGAACAAUGUAACACCAUUAAUUAAUAAAGAUAACAUUUUUGA